UCGUAGAAAACACGCGAUCCGCAACAUUUCUUCGAACCCUAACACUACUUCGACUGUGCAGAGCAAAAAUAUUCCCCUAACCCUUUCUUCCACUAAAAACCUUCGAAAAUGUCACAAUUGCCGGCGAUCGGAGUGGAUAUAGGAUCUAAGUACAUGUGCUUCGGCAUCUGGGAGAGGGACCGUGGCGAAAUCUUAGCCAAUGAAGAGGGGAAACGAACGACGGCGGCGUUCGAUGGUGAAGCGACAACCACAUAUGCCGUAUACUUAAAGGCCUUAAACAAGUCAGUGUCGACUUGCAAGGAAAUCCUUGGAAGCGACGAUAUUCAUGAUGAGGUUGUAAUAGGUGUACCAACUCACUACAAUGAUAGCUAGCGUAGGACUAUUUCUUAUGCUAUUCGAGAUGUUAUUCGAGAUGCGGGCAUGAAGAAUGUAAAGAUGUGUGCAGCCCCUAUUCUUGCAGCUAUUGCAUAUGGGCUUGAGAAUAAGCCAGCAGGGACAGUCAUAUUCAUUUUUCAUCUGGGUGCCACAACUUGCACCGCAUCAUUGAUUAGGAUUUAAGAAACAAUAUGCUUAGAUGUGUCGGAUCGUAAAAUAGAAGAUUCCGUUUUUGAGGAGGUGGCGGCCGUUGCCGAUACUAGGC